AGCCUCGUCCGCCACAUAAUUCACAAGCUCACGAAACUACGCCUCAAUUUCCCACCUUAACUGUUCUUAGUCGAGCUGCAAUGGCGCCUCCAAGAGGAAGAUCUGGUGGGUUUAGAGGAGGAAGGGGCGGUGAUAGUGGAGGCCGAGGAAGGGGCGGCGGCGGCCGUGGCGGCGGCAGAUUCGGCGACCGUGGUGGGAGCGGGAUGAAGCCCCGUGGCGGAGGUCGCGGCGGUUUCGGAGGCCGUGGUGGUGGAAGGGGUCGCGGCGGCGGCCGCGGCGGAGGCGGAAUGAAAGGUGGGAGCAAAGUUGUGGUUGAGCCUCAUAGACAUGAAGGAGUUUUUAUUGCCAAGGGAAAAGAAGAUGCCCUUGUGACAAAGAAUCUUGUUCCUGGCGAGGCUGUCUACAAUGAGAAGAGGGUCUCGGUGCAGAAUGAAGAUGGAACUAAGGUUGAGUACAGGGUCUGGAACCCCUUCAGGUCGAAGUUGGCAGCUGCAAUCCUUGGUGGUGUUGAUAAUAUCUGGAUUAAACCAGGUGCCAAGGUUCUGUACCUUGGAGCUGCAUCAGGAACUACCGUUUCUCACGUGUCUGAUCUUGUUGGCCCCACUGGGGUGGUUUAUGCAGUGGAGUUUUCUCACAGAAGUGGUAGGGAUUUAGUGAACAUGGCUAAAAAGCGCACAAAUGUUAUCCCCAUCAUUGAAGAUGCUAGGCAUCCAGCCAAGUACCGUAUGCUAGUAGGAAUGGUUGAUGUCAUAUUUUCUGAUGUUGCUCAGCCUGAUCAGGCUAGGAUUCUAGCACUGAAUGCAUCCUACUUCUUGAAGGCUGGUGGUCACUUUGUCAUCUCUAUCAAGGCAAACUGUAUCGACUCCACCGUGCCAGCUGAGGCUGUGUUUGAGAGCGAAGUGAAGAAGAUGACGCAGGAGCAGUUCAAGCCUGCCGAGCAGGUGACACUGGAGCCAUUUGAGAGAGACCAUGCUUGUGUCAUUGGUGCCUACCGAGUGCCCAAAAAGCAGAAGGCUUGAAGUGUUUUUGGUUCAACUGUGCCCUAUUUUAAUAUUGGGGGAUUGUUUUGAGGACAUUGUAGCUUAGGUAUUAGCUUGGAUUCCCCCCUUGUUGGUUGGGGGCUUGUAUCUGUAUAACUCAUUGCUCUUUUAAUGCGAGUCAUAAUUUUUCUGGGAUGAAAUGCUGCUCUGCCGGUAUGCUGCUUUGCUCUAAUGUGAAAAUAUGAUUCAAGGAAAGUGAAACAGAUGCAACUGACCUGGUAUGAAGAUGUUGAAUCAAUUGAACCCGAGUGU